AUGGACUAUAGCUAUCUCAAACACAUUAGAAAGAUUAUCUGCAUUGGCAGAAACUAUGCUGCGCACAUCAAGGAACUGAACAAUCCGACUCCUAAGCAGCCUUUCUUCUUCUUGAAGCCGAGCUCAAGUAUUCUUACUCCACCGGUCAAUGUCGAAUCUAUCGACAAUAUAGGGCCUGAAAACUGUACGUACAGCGGUCUCAAAAGUGACGGCUCCAAUUCUGGCAAAAUUUUGAUACCACGCGGCGUGAAAGUUCACCACGAAGUUGAACUGGCCCUUGUCAUGAGUCAAAACGUCUCUAAUGCAUCAAAAGACGCUUUUGGUCCAAAGGAGUUGUAUGACUCGAUUUCCGGGGUCGCACUAUCCCUCGACUUGACGGCGCGUAAUGUUCAAGACGAAGCGAAAAAGAAGGGAUUGCCUUGGUCCAUAGGUAAAGGCUUCGACACAUUUUUACCGAUCUCGGGUUUCAUUCCAAAGAGGGACCUUGGCGAUCCAGCAAGCUUUCAAAAUGCUUUUCGAUUGAAAUGUGAGGUGAAUGGCGUCACCAGACAGGAUGGCACUACUGACUUGAUGUUGACCCCAAUGCAUGAAAUUGUCCAACAUAUCUCCACAGUCAUGUCGCUCGAGUCUGGUGACCUUGUUCUAACCGGAACUCCAGCUGGUGUUGGCGAGCUUCAUGCUAACGACACUGUUACCUCAUACUUGUAUCAUGGUGAUAAACUUUUGACUAAAAUGACAUUCGCUUGUGCUGAAAAACCGGGGCCCUAUGAAUUUAAAGAGACUUAA